AAACCGGACAGAAGUUUUGAACCACCUCCUCUUGCCGCGGUAUGUACACAUUGCUAGUUGUAGUAGCUGAAGUAACAUACGUGUCUGGCUGUCAGCUGACCGCCUAAAGGCAGUCCUGUCGGAGAUGAAAAGUGAACUUUGAGUGGGGCUGGUUCACGCCCUUCCACACACUGCUCGGUCCCACCGCCUUGCGAACACAGUCUGGUAGUGUUUCAGCAUCAGGGCACCAUGAAAUGCCUGCAAAGACAACCCAAACUGAGCAGAUCUGAGGAAUUACUCCGCGAUGCCAAAAGCCAGAAGGUGAUACAAAUGAACAUAAAGCUCCUAGGUAUGGAGGGCGAGCCGGACCUCCAGUUCCUCCUGCAAGGGGGAGAUCUUCUCAAGGUCCGCUCCCCGUCGUGGAAGAAGACCCGCUACUUCAAACUCCAAGAGGACUGCGAGACCAUGUGGCAGGAAUCGAAGAAAUACUUCAGGACAAACCAGACCUUUUCACUCUAUGACAUAUCAGCGGUGCGAAUGGGCCGUCAGUCAGAAGGCUUGAGGAAGUACACAGAGGAGCAGGUGGAGGGCCGCUGCUUCUCCAUCAUGUUCAAGGGCCGUCGCAAGAACCUGGACCUCAUCGCCAGCUCAGAGGAGGAGGCCAAGCAGUGGGUCAUCAGCCUGCAGAAAAUGGUCUCCAACAUAAACAACCUGAGUCUCCAGCAGAAGACAGAGCACUGGAUCUUCAAUUGCCUGAGGAAAGCAGACAAGAACAAAGAUGAUAAGCUGAGUCUGUCAGAGCUCAAGAACUUCCUGCGUCUGAUCAACGUCAAGGUGGAUGACGACUACGCAGAGACGCUCUUCAAGAAAUGUGACAACUCCAAAUCUGGAUACCUGUCUGGAGAGGAGAUUGAACAUUUCUAUGACCUGUUGACCCAUCGAGAGGAAAUAGACGUGAUCUAUGGAGAGUACGCUAAAACUACGGGCUUUAUGAGUCCUGAAAACCUGGUGGACUUCCUGAUGAAAGAACAGAGAGAGAAAGCCUCACUGGCUGACGCACACAAGAUUAUCGAGAAGUUUGAGCCAGAUGAAAAUGCCAAAGAGAAGAAGCUGCUCUCCAAAGAUGGCUUCCUCAUGUACAUGCACCAUCCAGAGGCCUUGGUCCUCAAUUCAGAUCACAAAGAGGUGUACCAGGACAUGAGCCAGCCCCUCAACCACUACUUCAUCUCCUCCUCGCACAACACCUAUCUCAUGGAGGAUCAGCUCAGUGGGCCCAGCAGUACGGAGGCUUAUGUCAGGGCUCUGCUGAAGGGCUGCCGCUGUGUGGAGCUGGACUGCUGGGACGGAUCAGACGAUGAGCCGGUGAUCUACCACGGCUACACACUCACCUCGAAGAUCCUCUUCAAAGACGCAAUCAAAGCCAUCAAGGAGUAUGCCUUUAAGACGUCCGAUUACCCAGUUAUCCUCUCCUUGGAGAACCACUGCAGUGUGGAUCAGCAGGCAGUCAUGGCCCACCACAUGAGCUCCAUCCUGGGCAGUGCACUCAUCACUUCCCCCCUGGGGGACAGCAUGCCCACAAACUUCCCAUCUCCAGAGGAGCUAAAGGGGAAGUUCCUGAUCAAAGGGAAGAGGUUAAACACACUGGAGGCCAGCUUUGCUCCUGAGGUGGCAGCAGCUGAUGACAUGGACGUGACGGAGGAGGAAGAGUCAAAUGAUGAGGAUGAACAGAAGGAGAAAGAGAAAAGCAAGAAGAAAACUAAGCUGAAACUAGCGAAAGAGCUGUCCGACAUGGUGAUCUACUGCAAGAGCGUCCACUUCCACAGCUUUGACGACGCGAGACAAAACCAGAGCUUCUACGAGAUGUCGUCCUUCAAGGAGGGAAAGGCCAUGGAGCUGGCAGAGGAGUCGGCUAAUGCCUACAUCCGGCAUAAUGCGCACAAGCUGAGCCGGAUCUAUCCAGCAGGUAUCAGGACCAACUCCUCCAACUACAACCCAGUGCCUCUGUGGAAUGCUGGCUGCCAAAUUGUGGCCUUAAACUUCCAGACAGCCUGCACAGACAUGGACAUUAACCAGGGCAGAUUCCUGGUUAACGGAAAGAGCGGCUACGUCCUGAAACCGGCCUACAUGAGUGACAUAGCCACAGAGUUUGACCCCAUCACUCUGACCCGAGGAGACUGGCUGAAGCACAAGACGCUCCAUGUCAUGAUUAUAUCAGCCCAGCAGCUCCCCAAAGUGAACGAGAAGAAAUCCUCCAUUGUGGACCCGCUGGUUAAAGUGGAGGUGUACGGAGUGCCAGCUGAUGUUGCUGAAAAAGAGACCAGUGCUGUUGAAAACAAUGGUUUUAACCCUGCAUGGAAUGAAAACUUCCAGUUUGAUGUGUAUGUGCCAGAUCUCGCACUGGUGCGCUUCGUCGUCGAAGACUACGACUCCAUGUCUGACAAUGAGUUUGUUGGACAGUACACACUUCCAUUCAACAGCUUAAAAAUGGCCACUCUGUGCUCCCACGCAGGAUACAGACAUGUGCCUCUGCUCAAUAAGAACGGAGACGUUCUCCCCGCAGCUGGACUCUUCGUACACAUCAUGGUCCUUGAUGCUGAGUAAGACGCCACCGACUGGCACGUGCCUCUGCAGGACACAAGGACCUCCAUAACACAGCCAUGUUUUAGCUGGUUUUAAUUGAAUUUUAUAUUCAUUCUUUUUUUUUUGUUGUUGCCCUUUUAUAGUUUUAGUUCAUGAUUAAGUUAUUGGCAUAAUUCCAGUAGUUUGUGCAGCUACUGUAAAAGUCAGAUAAAAACCACAUUUGUCUCAGUUUAAACUAAAGAUCUUCAACUGGAAAUGAGUUGUACUGGCAGGUGGGUGUAUGCAUGCAAAUACUGUACAUACACACUAUAAUUCUCCAUAUGAGUGACAUUACAGGGAUUGUUAUACAAACUGUUUUAACUGGUUUGUAUGAGUUGCACUAGUGUUAUACCAUGUUCAGUUUGAGAUGGCAUUGGAUUUUGUUAAGACAGCUUGUGUCCCACAUUUCUGGUCAGUUAAUGUAUUGUCUAUUUUAAUAUUUUUAUUCAAAUGACCAUUUUAUGAAUUCUGGAGAAACAGAAGCCAACAGAAAAACAAUGUGCUUUGUCUUCAUCAGUAAUUUUAGUCAUCGAGUAUGAUUAUUUUUCAUGUAACAUCAUCACCACUAAUUCUUUAACUUUUUGUAAAUCAAGAUGAAGAUAAAAGUUUUAAACAUGA